AACAUUGGACCGUCUCUCUGUGACCUGUGAAAACAUUUGUACUCAGAGGGAAACCAUUGUGCAGUUGAAGUGCUCUUAUGACGACGCCAACAUCAAAUCUGUGUUCUGGUUCAUUGAGAAACAAAGUACAAACUGGAGAAAAAUACAAUGAACCUGAAGAUUUGACUUUAGACUCAGACUACUCAGGAUGGGUGAAAGAUCAGAUCUCAAGCAGCUAUUCAACGCUCACAAUAUCAGGCGUGAGAGCGAGAGACUCUGGAGAAUAUCAGCUCAUGUUCAUCAUGAAGGAUGGAGUUAAACAUCUCAGCUCAGCGGCCGUCAGUCUAACAGUCACAGUCCUGCAGGUGAGGAUGAAUCCUGAAUCUACAGACCAGAGGGAUCAGAGAGUAAAACUUACCUGUGAGACUUCCUGUGCGUCCAGUCCUCAGAAUUACUACUGGAAAAAAAAUGGACAAUAUGUAGCUCUUAGUCAUUCCAGGAGCAUUGAAGUUUCAUUCGAAGCUGGUGUCAGUUGCUCGUGUUUUCUUAUUCCAGAUCUUAGGAUCUACUCCUCUCCUGUGUGCAUUUCUAAGAGUGGCUGCUGGGAUGUGACUUACUCCUCUAGAAGAGUCUGUGCUUUGGUCGGCUCAACAGUAGACAUUUCCAGCACAUACACACAUCCCUCUGAUCAUACUGUAAAUAAAACUUUCUGGCAUUACGUUCAGCCUGGUGGCUUCAAGGAUCUGCGUGAGGAGCAUCAGUUUGCUGGUCGUGUGGAGUAUGUGGGGAACAAACUGAGAAUCAAAGAGCUCAAGAUCAGUGACUCUGGAGAAUAUCGAUUCAGGAUCAUCACUGAAUUUAGCAGCCAGUACUCUGGAUCACCUGGAGUCAUUCUUACUGUUACAGAUACACAGGUGAAAAGCAGCCCAUCUGAUGUUUCAGAGGGACAGGAAGUGAUAUUAAUCUGUUCAACUAAAUGCACUCCAGACGACAAACAUACUUACAUCUGGUACAAGAACGGACGACAGGUAACAGAUGGAUUCACUAAAGACAACAAGCUGUACCUGGACUCAGUCAGCGAUGAAGAGCUUCACCAGUAUUCCUGUGCUGUAGGAGGUCCAGUAAUCCAGAUACCUGCGUCAAACACAGCUUUACUGAACUCUGUAAUCAUACUGUCCGUGUUUCUGAUUCUUGCACUCGUAGGAGACCUGUGGUACAGGAGGAGAAAGACUAAUUCAUCUCGAAAACAUGAGAACAAUAAACGGAGCGUAGAGUCGGGUUCUGCUGCGCUGUAUGAUAAUGCUGCAGCCUUGUCUACAGUUUCCACAGAAGUUCACAUGAAUGAUCAGGAUGUUCAUUAUUCAGCUAUUAAUUUCAAGAAGUCUCACACAGAGAACACAUUAUCAGCUCCUACUGUGGUACAGUCAGCCACGGAUGAUGUUCAUUAUGCUGCUGUGAAGUUCAGAUGAACCUUAACUAAGCUCCAGCUUAAAAUAGACCUAUACAGUACAACCCAACUGUUGCUGUCUGCUGUAUUGUGACCAAGCUUUCGCUCAUAUCAAAUUUCUAUGAAUGUCCUGUAUAUUUGCAAAGUUGUACAGAAUUUACUCAGAUUUAUGGAUAAAAUGUUG